UAGCAAUUUAAUUUCAAAUGGAGGUGGAAAAGAAGUGUCGCAGACCUGGAUGAACCAAAAAGUACAAAGAUAGUGAGAAUACCCCUACCAGCUGUAAGUUCCACAACGGAAAACCAAUCUUCCACGAUGUGAAGAAAGGCUGGGAGUGCUGCAAUGUCGUUGUGUACGACUGGGAUGAAUUUCAGAAAAUCGAUGGAUGAUGAAUUGGAAAACACUCUGAUGAGAAAGUUGAGAGUGACUUUUGGAAAUCCAGCACAGUUUCUACAGCUCAGACAGCUCUUGACAAGGAAGGCAAAAGACUCCGAACAGCAGCUGAUUAUAAUAAAGAACAAGAGGAGAUUAAGAAAAAGGAAGAAGAAGACAGACCAGAGAUGGAAGCAGUCAUUAAAGAUGGAAAAUAUGCCUGUGCUAAUAAAGGCUGCAAACAGAAAUACUUCUUAGAAGAAGAUAACUCAGAUACUUCAUGAGAAUACCAUUCUGGAGAACCUAUUUUCCAUGACCUCAUGAAAGGUUGGAGUUGAUGAAAAACAGAAACAUACGACUGGGAUGAUUUUGUGAAACUACCAACUUGUUCAGUAGGCAAGCAUGUUAUCAGGUAUAAGACUUCCAAGAAGUAGC